CGGCAAGUGAAGGCAUCAUUGGUUACAUCAUCACCAAGCGUCAGCUGUGUACAUACAAUUACCGCAUCUACUGUGCUCAAAUGGCUAAAAACUGAAUCCUAUUUCUUAACAGAUCCAUACUCAAACCCUAUCGUUCACAGACUUUGGCAAAGCGUGUGCUACUGUUACUCUUAUUGUUUUGUAGGCUAACUGGUAUUUCUGAGGGUAGCAGCGGACUCUCCACCUUCUGCCACAGUGCGUUAAGUAUUGCAGCUAGCUAGCUUGAGGCUAACUCCGUCAGAGGAGAAGAUCUGUGCAGCUUGACCCGCAGCCUGCUCAGAGGAUGGACAGUGAAAUCCAACGAGAUGGGAGAGUCCUGGACCUCACCGACGAUGCUUGGAGGGAAGACCGACUGCCUUAUGAAGAUGUUACCAUCCCUCUGAGUGAACUGCCCGAGGCUGAGCAGGACAACGGAGGAUCCACAGAGUCUGUAAAAGAACAAGAGAUGAAGUGGACAGACCUCGCCCUGCAGAGCCUGCACGAAAACACACCAAACACUGGAAGCUAAAAGACUAAUCCGGAAUCAGACUGUUGGACAAAAGCAGACAUGCACGUGGACACUGAAUUCAGACAAAUGUAAUUCACUGUCUUUGCAUUUUGUUGUCUUUUGAAGCAUUUGCAGUAUGUUCCAGCUAAGCAGAAAUGAUGCAAAAAGCUAUGAUUCUAGUCCAGGAGGCAGUCCUUGUAUGUGUUAACAAUAACACUUCCUCUUAAAAUAUUUUUUUUAUUUUGUGUUGAAUCCAAAAAGUCGGAAGGACUGUGAGACACUGGUGAGACACUGUGUGUGCCUGUAAAAGUGUUCUUUGCUUACUAAAAAAAUCUGUCAACUUUCCAUCACUUCAUAAAGUAUCAUAAAGCAUUGAAACUUUAGUCUCAUUUUAUAAAGUUGUGAUCAUAAAUCAGAGCAUCCUGUAUGAAUAUAGUCCUGGACGUAAAUAUGACAAACAUCACAAGCAAGGAACAGCACCUAAUAUCUCAAUUCUAGUUUCUGGCUGUUUCUAUACAAGAUCUUCUGAAGACCCUUGUGCGUGCACACACACACACACACACACACAAAAUAAUUUAUUUUGACCAAGGGGAUGGUCAAAGCUACUAAAAUACUGAAAAAAAUGUUCUUCCAAGUCACUGAUAUGCAAGAAUGUGGACUGGCUAAAUUUGGGAGCAUAACCAAUGAAGGUUUUAAGAGAAAAGGGAAAGUUUUUAAGAGGAACUACACUGUAUUAGGUAACUAAAACUAAUGCAGUCUAAUCAACAACCAUGCAAUAAAUCCUACUUUCAUCAAG